AUUUCAAAUGAAGUACAAAGCCGUAUUCACAUGGAGUAUGGAUGAUCGUGGAAAUAUAUUUAGAGAAUAAUAAAUAAAAUAAAUCAGCAUGCAUGAGAAUGAUUCCUGCCUUUUAUGAUGGGCCUUAAUGGCAGAAAUGAGUAAAAAAAAAAAACAAUAAUUCUCUUACAGCAGCACAUCAUGCUCAUAUAGCAUUCUCACCCUGUUUUUCCAUGUUGCUCUCGGAUAGGGCAAGUGUACGCUCAUGCGUAAACACACAGACCUUUGAAGUGGCCCUCUGUCACCACAUGGCAAGUCCCCCUGGUGUGAUCCCUCUGUCCAUUUGGCCACAGGACCGACACUGACAAACAUGCGGUUAAUGGGAAUCCCACUGUGGAGCCAUUCCCAGAAGGCAUGGAGACCAUCAUGUUUGGUAUGGGCUGCUUCUGGGGAGCUGAGAGACUUUUCUGGAGGCUUUCAGGAGUCUUCUCCACACAGGUGGGCUACGCAGGCGGCUUUACACCCAACCCCUCCUAUCACGAGGUUUGCACAGGUCUGACAGGACACACCGAGGUGGUCAGGGUGGUCUUCUCUCCUAAAGACAUCAGCCUUGAGAAACUGCUGAAACGCUUUUGGGAGAGCCACGAUCCUACACAAGGUAUGAGGCAGCAGAAUGACCGUGGUACUCAAUAUCGUUCAGCCAUUUACACAUCCAGCCCUGCUCAACAGGAGCUUGCAUUGAAGAGCAAACUGGCCUUUCAGCAGGAGCUGGAUCAAAAAGGCUAUGGUCCCAUCACCACAGAGAUUCUGGAGGGGCAGCAAUUUUACUACGCUGAGGACUAUCACCAGCAGUACCUGAAGAAGGUACCUAAAGGCUACUGUGGCCUCAAAGGCACCGGUGUCUCUUGUCCCAUUGGAGAUGAGAAGGAUGAACUGUGAGGAAGAUGUCGGAUGAGGAUUCUUUAAGGCAUUAAUGUACCUUUUUUUUUAUUAUUUUUAAAACAAUGUGAUACCCUUGUUAAAGUCCCUUUCCACAGAAAAAUAUGUUUUUCUUCUUGUUCUUACAGUUGGAUAUUUGAGCUUGACUGUACAGAAUGAUGUACAUGCA